AUGAGAGCCGAUCAAGGCCCUUUGCUGAACACAGGCCCCGACGACUCUAUUGUGCCGUCUCAAGAUCCCAGGAACUCUAGAAGCGCUCGACGGGUGUCAUCUCUAAGCGUCAUUGGAGAAGUUCUGCUUGAUUUGCUCAUCGCCGUCUCGUGCGCCUACUUCAUUGUCUUUGCUGUUCUGGUUUAUGCUAGGCGUAACCAGCCUGUCGAGCAACCCGGAAAUCGAGACUUGAUUGAAGCAGCCAAAUAUACUCCUACCAUUUUCCCCAUCGUAUUCUCUGCGGUUGUUGCCAAAUUUCUGAAAGCCAUUGCAGCUGUCAAACUCGAGCAUGGCACCUCUGUACUCGCGAUCGAAUAUCUCUUGCAAAGCCGCACUGUCUUUAGCACUUUCAUGGCUCCAAUUACAUUGAAGACCAUCAACAUUCUUACGCCCGUUCUAUUCCUCCUUUGGGCACUCUCCCCUCUUGGUGGUCAAGCUGGACUGCGUGUCAUAUCGACUCAGGAAUCCUUUUCGAAUGCGACUCAGAACUUCACCUACCUCGCAUUUGUAUCCCCAUUCAGCAACAACGGCGUCGGUUCAGCCUCAGCAGAACCUCUUGUCCCGAUCAAUGCCAUCUUUACCGCUGCCAUCAUUGGCUCGGCGAAGACAAAAAAUCUACCCCAAGACCAAUUCGGCAACGUCAAAGUACCCGUCUACGAAAGCUUGUUACCGGAAGAUGGCACAGACUGGAGAUCUGUACCAGAAUCAGAUGAUGUCGAAUGGAGUUCUCUCACUGGACUGCCCAUCCACAACCUCCCAUCAACUGGAGUUUCACGCUUCACCAUGAACACUGGUUACAUGCUCACGAGCUGUAAUACAUCAGGCCACGAUUGGACUGAAGAUUACAGACAGAGCCUGGAGGAGUAUAUAGGCUGGAGCGGUGCCAACUACGCCCUCAGUCCAAACAGGGUCGACCAAUUUGCAAUAACAAACUUUACCUUUCGAUCUCUUGAUCUGUUACCAGCCAGCAGCCCUGCGCCAGAGGGGAAGAUUCUCACCGUGGCAAACUGCACAGUCGGUAUGAGUUAUGUCGAGGUACAGAUCAAAUGUGACGGUCAAACCUGUCAAAGCGUUGCGGUCCGACCCUCACCUAACCCUGCCUCGCACCCGCUUAACUACAGCCACAGCGCCCUCGGUGUGACUGACUGGACACCGAUCAACGGACUCGGUCAGGAGGAUAUCAUGUAUACGCAAUUUUUUCCCGAUUUCACCAACGCCACGAACCCAACGGUGGGGUGCGACACUGUCUUCUGUCCUCCGAGUGCCAUAGAAGCAUACUUGGCAGACCCGGCAAAUACCGUGCUGCAGACUACCACCACCAAGCUCUGGGAGUUGGGGGAUGACAUUAUCUCCAAGCGGUUCACACAGCUCAUCAACACGUACUGGAUAGACAGCAUCGCUCCCGCCGCUGUGUCAGGAAACUUUACAGUGGCGCCGCAGAGCAACUUGCUAUUGUACAACACGGACAGCACGUUCGGGACAGUCACGACCAGCCAGGUCGUCGUCAAGUGCGAAUACGCGUGGCUUGCACUCAUGCUUUUGUGUUCUAUUGUACUGUUCAUCAUCGGCGUGGCCACGGUGGUGCUGAGUGCGCGUCGUCGCGGGCCUGACAUCUUGGACAGAUUCAGCUCGCUUCUGAGGGACAAUCCAUACGCGAAUACUGUUCCUCACAUAUCGUCCAUGGAGGAUGCCGCGGACCAGUCGAAGCGGCUGGGAGAUCUGAUGGUUCGACUUGGGGAUAUUCGUCCCGAGGAAGAUAUUGGAUACGUGGCGAUCGGAGUCCUCGAUGGUAAGCAAGCGGUGCAGAAGCUGAGUAUGAAGAGGGAUUAUGCUUGA